UAGAAGUUGGCAAUGAGUAGAAACCGGUUAGAAUUAGUAAAUAUUUACAUUGUGUCAAGAAAUUGAGCAGAAACAUGAUUUGAUGAUUAGUUUUUAAACAUUCUAUUGUUCUUUGCGUUUUGCAUUUUUAGUGUCAUGUUUGCGUUAGGUAUCCCUCUGUAUUUAGUAAAUGCGCAAAUUACAAGAAAGCAAAUGUUUUUUUAAUAUUUUAUUUACCAAGAAUGUUGAUAAUAAAAUUGAAAUUAUGUUUUUUUUAUUUCGUUCUCAUCAAGCAGUUUUAUGUUCUUUGCUUGAAUAAUGGUUUAGCUUUAACACCGCCAAUGGGAUGGUUAGCUUGGGAACGAUUUCAAUGUAAUAUUCGGUGUGAUAUAUCUCCGGAAAAUUGUAUAAGGGAAGAGCUGUUUAUGGAAAUGGCAAAUAGAUUUGUAGAAGAUGGCUUCAGAGAUGCAGGAUACACUUACAUUAAUAUUGAUGAUUGUUGGAUGAAUCCUCACAGAUCAAAAGAUGGAAAUUUAUAUCCAGACUACAGUCGAUUUCGUCGUGGAAUCAAAUUUCUUGCUGAUUAUAUGCAUUCUCGUAACUUAAAGCUUGGAAUAUAUCAAACUUUUGGUCUUAAGACUUGCAUGGGUUUUCCUGGCAUCAUCGGCCAUAUGAAACAGGAUGCAAGUAUGUUUGCAUCAUGGGAUGUUGACAUGGUUAAACUGGAUGGUUGUUUUACUCACCCUUCAAAAAUGGAUGAAGGUUAUAUUGAGUUUGGAAAGUUCUUAAACCAAACUGCUAGACCCAUGAUAUAUUCUUGCAGCUGGCCAUAUUAUCAACUUAUGUCCAACAUGGAACCUAUGUAUGAAUCAAUUGCUCAACACUGCAACUUGUGGCGAAAUUACCAUGAUAUUAAAGAUUCCUGGCAAAGCAUUGAAAUGAUCAUAGAUUUCUUUGGAGAUAACCAGGAAGUGCUUAGUAAACACACUGGACCAGGUCACUGGAAUGAUCCAGACAUGCUUUUGAUUGGGAACUUUCAUCUUACACCUGGUCAAUCAAGAGCACAGAUGGCUAUUUGGUGUAUUAUUCCUGCUCCAUUAUUAAUGUCAAAUGAUUUAAGAGACAUAAAGCCUAUUUUUCGAGACAUUCUCAUUGACAAAAGAGCCAUUGCUAUUAAUCAAGAUCAUCUUGGUCUUCCAGGCAAAAGAAUAUAUAAAAAAAAUUCUUUUGAGGUUUGGAAGCGCCCAAUAGCACCUAUUUCGGGAAAUGAAACUUCUUAUGCUUUACUUUUUUUAAAUCGACAGCCCAAGAAAAGAUAUGUUAGUUUUUCUCCAAUAGAAUUUGAGAUGAACUCAAAAAACGGAUACCUUGCAACAAAGGCAUUCAGCGAUGAAGAUUUCGGAAUUGUGUAUCCAAAUGGUGCAAUUGAUAUUGUUGUUCAAGGACUGGAUGUUGUUUUGUUGAAUUUUAAAUUAGAUAUUACUUAAAUUAACUGUAUAUAUUUUAAUAUUGUGUUUAUGCUUUUAAAUAGCAUGUUGUUACAGAUAUUACUUAUUAUAUAAGAAAUUGUUGGUUAAAUUUUUAGCACAAUGGAUUAUCGCACAGUAUAUUUUAUUACCUUUGGAAUGGAUGUUGUGUUAUUUAACAGUAACUGGUUGCCAAAUAAAUAUUUAUACAUUUUG